GAAUAUUUUCAAUAACCGGAAAAGCUGCACGUGGUCGAGGGAGGUUUUUUUGGAAAUCCCCUAAACGUUGCUCAGCAUGUGAGCGCCUUGCUACUGAGAGACAGCUGAGUGGUGGCGCAUGAGUGAGAGCAGAAUCGCGACGCAAGCAACCGGAACCCAGGUCUCGAUGGCAUCUCAUCCACGAAACUCAAUCCCUGCCUGCCUCCUCCUCACCCUCUUCCUCACCAUCCGCCUCACACAGGCUGAGACAUUUCAGAGUACAGAUGGCCCCAAUGAUCUGGAGGUGAAGAGGAAGUGUGGAUUCUCACUCAAGGCCAUUCACGACUGCAAGUACCAGAAGUGCCAGGAGGCUUCGGCCAUCUGUGCAGCAAUAACUCCUGCGGCUGAGGCCGGCGAUUUAACAGACUGCCAGAUCAAGCACUGCAUGCAGGAGAAGAAGAAAUGUGAGGAGCCACUCAACAAAUACCUCUCUGAAGAGGAGGUAUGUGAGGGCAACGCAUUUAACGACGUGGAGAUGGACUGCCUGCUGAAGUUGCGCACAUCUCUGGAGCAACUCACAGUAUGCAAGAGGGACGGAUAUCUGAAUAAGAAGGUUUACUGCUUCCAGAACGAAUGGAAGCGCAGGAUUGGUGCUUACGCCACGGACAAGCUGAGGAAGACCGCGACACCAGAAGCCAUUGACUGCGCGUACGACACCUGCUUCCAGAACGUGACUCGGUGCCUCUACGACCACCACCAUAAUAUGGCCAUCAACCCAGCUUCUCUGCGGAGGUUUGAUCUGGUGCAUUGCGCCUAUGUAGCCAUCAACUACAGUCACGAGUGCGAGAGCAUUUCCAGGCUCAGUGGCUGUGCAGAGAGAUUGGUGAACUGCACAAGCGAAAACACAGUCAAGCCUGGAAUUAUCGCGGGAGCGAUUGGAGGGACCGUGGGCGUGGUGGUGGUGAUUAUCUUGGCCGUCGUGCUCUACGUGAAUUGGGAGGAUAUCGUUGAAAAACGGGAGACCUUAUGUGGAGGCUCCAACGUCGCCCCGGGCAGCUCCAAUGACGACGAGGGCAGCUGCGACGUCGCCCAGGGCAGUUCCAACGUCGCCCAGGGCAGCUCCAACGUCGCCCAGGGCAGCUCCAACGUCGCCCAGGGCAGCACCACUGUCGAUUUGCAGGACAUGGACGCGCAGGAUACCACUGCCGUGGAAUUGAAUGAUGAAGAUUCAAAACUCCUGGAAAAAGGACAAGUAACUGCAUAGAAGAGAGAGGAGGCAAGAUGUUAACCACCUCGCCUGGGAUGCAUGAGGUUGUCGGUUCCAUUCCGACCCUGAAGCUCGCUGUAUUUUUGGAUUUUGCAUGUCUCCCCCCCCCACCCCUGUGGUCACUUGGAUUUUUAUUUGGGUCUUCUGGUGUUGCCCUCCACAUUUAUGAACGUGCCUUCAGAGUAUAUUUAUUCACUUUAUUCUUAUUUUUCUAUCUACGUGACUUUACCGAAAGAACCAAAGAAUAUGACUUCUUGCAGUCACGAAAGUUUUAAGUCAACAGUAUUUUGGCUGUUAGAAAUUUCCGCUUGAUAAGCUAUCAUUUGUGGCCAGGCCACUUCUGAAAUAGAGCUAAAUAGUUCAGUGGGCCUUACGUGGCUUGAUUUGUCCCGAUGAAACGUUCCGAGUUUGCUGUGGGAUCGGCCACACAAUGAGAGGGCCAGGGUACGAGAAGGUUGGUGGAAAAUUGAGAUCACAUUUCGUGUUAUAAGCGGUGGUUGCGGCAGUGGUGGUAAAGGUGGUGGUAAAGGUGGCGGUGGUGGUAUUAAGGUUGUGGUGGAGGUUGUGGUGGUAGAGGUGGUGGUGGUAGAGGAGUGACGCUCACAACAACGAGCAGAGCGCCAGGUGGCUAAAGCACAGCAAGUUGGCACAGUAGGGGGCACAGGUGGUGCAUCAGCCAGUCGUCUCAGUCAUCUCAGUCGACCCGUGGCACCUGGGUCUGCCCCGUGACCUCCUGCCAGCGGACUUUCGACACUUCAUGUAUUCUCAAGGUGCACAUGGCCUGGCACAAGCGUCGUGGUGACGUCACCGCCACUUAGUGGCAAAUGGCGGUUGUUGUUGGUGGUAGAGGUGGUAGUGGUAGUGUAGCAGUGGUGUAGCGGUUAGCGCUACACUGCGCUAUGAACCCGGCGACCCGAUUUCAUUACCCGCUCGCGGCCAACACCAGUGACGAUUAUUUAAACGAGUCCUGGGCCUCUCCUGGGUCGACUCAGCCUCAAAUGAGUACCUGGUGUGGUGUGUAAACAUCGCCACUGGGGAGACAAAGGAGGUCGGGCGUGGUGCUGGCCACCCACCCCCUCGUGUACCCUUUCGGCCUUCAUAGGUGCUCGCUAACAGCACUUGCCCCAACAGUCUGUUAAGGCUAUACGGGGAUCUUUGUUUUGGUGGUGGCGGAGGUGGUGGUGGAGAAAUAAUAAAAUGUAUAGAGACGAACAGGAGGUGGUGGUAAUGAUGAUCAUGUGGAGGAGGAAGAUAGGGAAGAGGUGGUGGUGAUGGAAGAGAUGAGGUGGUGAUGAUGAUAAUGAAGGAGGAGGGGAUAACGGAGGAGGAGAUAAGGGAGGAGACAGAGGAAGGAAGAGUUGAAAGAAGAUGAGUGGGUGGGUGACUGGGUGGGUGAGUGAGUGGGCAGGUGAGUGGGUGGGUCAGUGAGUGGGUGUGUGGCUGAGUGAGGGUGGAUUAUUUCAAGUUCAAGUUUCAUGUAUUAGGUAUAGCCCUGUGAGCCAUGCGGCUCUUGAGUCGGGUGCAACCGCAACAAACAAUAUAAGAACAGAGAACAUAAAGUGACGACGCGCAACAGAAACAUCCUGGAAACACCAGCAAAAUCUUCCAAAAAAAACCCCACUGUAUUACAACGCUGUGUGCAAAAAUCCCAAUAUGAUGCAAGUCAAACAAUAACAACCAUAAGACGUAAUACUAGGGUUCUUCCCCCUUUUUCCGGCAACAAAACUGAAACCUUUCCACAAGGAUCCACGUCUGCAUUAACCACAAUACUUGCAGUCAAAAUGCAAACAAAAAACACACUGAUAAUAUAUGCAUUGCAGACACUAAUCCUUGUAAAAAGGCUUCAGCUCCGUUGCCCAAAAAAUGGGAAAACCCCCAUCAUUAUAUUUUGGUACUGGCAAAGGAGUUCUAAUGAUGACCCAUAAGACAAUUUAGAAUAAAGUUAUUAGGCCAACUCCGCACUUCUGCAAGAAACAUGGCUUAACCAUGUUUUCGAAAUCACCAAAAUAAAGCUAUAAAUACAAUGUAACAACAGUAAUCAUAUGAACUUUGAUUCAAAUUUAACAAUAAACGAUAUACAUAACAUGUACGACUAAA